AAGAAAGAUGAACCUUUUUUCGGUGAUUCGAAAGAGUCGAUUCGUCGUCACCCAAGAAAGCCGUGCACGAGGCUACGUCUGGUCGUGCGUGAUGACGCGCUUACGUCAUUUCUUGGCGACGUAACGUUACGUAACUCUGAGGUUUCUGUUAUGGCCGCCGGACGUCAUGUAACCAAAACAAGCUGCAAGAUGAUAGUGUUUUACGGCGGAGAUUUAAUAUAUAAAUUUCUGUAGUUUUGGAUUAAACAUGGAGGCAUUUAUCAAUAUUUCUCUUCCAUAAUGGGUUUGAUAAUUAUAUAACCACAGGCAGAGAAAAGAGAGAGAAUUUACUUGAGCAGGAACAGAGCUAGUUAGCAUUAGCGUUAGCUUUAGCGUUAUUCGGCUGAGGCUCCCAGCGGCGGCUCGGCUGUGUCCCCGGGGCAGGAGGCGCUGCACUCGCGGAGAGAGCUGUCUUUACAACCGCUGAAGAGACGGGGAACAGGAUUGGGAAGCAGCAGGGGGAAGCGGCGGCCGGUGCCGAGCCCGUGGAGAAGAUGGCAGGCAGCCCGGAGAAGAGCUGCUCCUCAGCUCAGGAGCUCAAAGAGCAUGGCAACCGCCUGUUCCUCUGCAGGAAGUACCAGGAGGCCGUCACCUGCUACAGCAAAGCCAUCAACCGGAACCCCUCAGUAGCAGUGUACUACACUAACAGAGCGCUGUGCUACGUGAAGCUGCAGCAGUAUGAUAAAGCUCUGGCUGACUGUAAGGUGGCGCUGGAGCUGGAUGGCCAGUCUGUGAAAGCACAUUUCUUCUUGGGUCAGUGCCAUCUGGAGCUGGAGAACUAUGAAGAGGCUAUUGGAAAUCUACAAAGAGCGUAUAACCUGGCUAAAGAGCAGCGUCUAAACUUCGGAGAUGACAUUCCCAGCGCCCUGCGUUACGCUAAGAAGAAGCGCUGGAACAGCAUGGAGGAGAAGCGCAUCAGCCAGGAGAACGAGCUGCACGCCUAUCUCACUAAACUCAUCCUGGCUGAAAGGGAGCGGGAACUCGAAGACUACAGAGAGAAGCAGGGUGAUGACAAUCUGAGCGACAGUGACCUCAGCAAAAUCAAAACCAAACACGAUAAAUAUCUAAUGGACAUGGAUGAGCUCUUUUCCCAAGUGGAUGAGAAGAGGAAGAAGCGAGAGAUUCCGGACUAUCUGUGUGGAAAGAUCAGCUUUGAGUUAAUGAGGGAACCGUGUAUCACACCGAGCGGCAUUACAUACGACCGCAAAGAUAUUGAGGAGCACCUACAGCGUGUCGGCCAUUUUGACCCUGUGACCCGUAGUCCCCUGACUCAGGAUCAGCUGAUCCCUAACCUGGCCAUGAAGGAGGUGAUCGAUGCCUUCAUCCAAGAGAAUGGCUGGGUGGAGGACUACUGAACACACACACACACACACAGAAGGGAGGAGUGUGAGGGUGGGUCAGAGCUGCUUCUGGAUGUACAUGUGCACUUUAAACUUCGCUCUGACCACGCCCCCUAAUGCUGGACUCUCUCAGGUCUCCCUCUCUGUCUAUAAUAUCUGUCUUAUUCUGUCCAUUUCUCUCUCUCUCUCUCUCUCUCUCUCUCUCUCUCUCACUCAGUUCUGAUGUAAUAUUGUAUCAUUGUGAACUGGAUAAAGGUGAAGAGUGUGUACUUUAUUUUCCUCAUCUCUCUCUCUCUCUCUCUCUCUCUCUCUCUGUCUCACACACACACACAGACAGCAAACUUUUAACUGUGCCUCCUGUUGCCCUCUCAAGUGCGUGUGCUCAUUGCUGGACCAUGAGAGGACCAGUUAUUCUACACAUGUAAUAUAGGGGGUUAAACACACUAUAAUAUACAGUCAGUGUGUGUGUGUGUGUGUGUGUGUGUGUGUGUGUGUGUACACAACCAUGUUCAGCAGUCUGGGGAAAUAAGGAGCUUCACAAUGCUUAAUAAGUGCAUAAUAAACAAGUAGGAUUUUAUUACGAUGUAAAUGUUAUAGAUUGUAGUUAGCUGCAUUUGGAUCUGUGUGUGUGUGUGUGUGUCCUAAUAUAAUGUUUUACACAACACCCAGCCAACCACACAGACACAAGUGUUUCUAUCCAUCCAAGUUUAUUGUGUGUUAAGAUUGUGGACUAGUUAACCAAUCAGAUAAAUGGGGCGGAGCUUACAUCACAUCAGGAUGCAAUCAGGGCUAACGGCAGAGGAGAUCUUGAUCUUGGUGUGUGUGUGUGUGUGAGAGAGAAUAUGAGGGAUUAACAUAAUGUAUUGAAUGCUUUGUUUUCUCCUAAACACACACACACACACUUUUAUGCUGUUGGCUUUAAGUAGACAAAGUUAAAUAUUAUAGUUCCCUGCAAGUAUUCAAACAGGAAGUGGAAUGACUGGCGCAUGUUAAAUAAAUCUUAUUUUUUCUAAAAACCUA